AUGAGCCUGUUGAGCAGCCAUGCCCUCCAGCAGCGGCAGAUGUUGACACCUGAAGAGAUAGAGAAUACGCUUCACCACAUACGACGCCUUUACGUGGCCCAGUUGAAGGAACUCAUAAAGCCUUUGCACUUGCAAGUGGGAGGAAAACGUCAGGACCUUAUUGACAGACUUGAACAGCACAUACGGCACUGCCAGGUGACAGGUCAGAAUGUGAGACUUCUUGCUCUACGAACCAUAGUGUUGAAGAUGAUGACUAAUGAUCCGAUCCCGAAUUUCGACAAUCUCUAUAACGCUCUUCAAUCUGGAGUAAUCGACCAACAGCUGAUGAGUGAUCAACUCGCUCGCCUCCAGAACCUGGCCAAUAAAAUUAAGGGCAAACCGCGGCUGUCUGCUGUAAAUACCCAGCCUGGGAUGGCCCACAUGUCUGCCCGAAGUGCCUCUGAAGUUCAGGCUUACCAUCCAUAUAGUCCGCAGUACAAAGGGCCAACACUCAGGUUUCCGAGCUCGCUAUUUUACCAGCAGCAGCUUUUGGUGCAUAGGUUUCCGUUUGUCAUCCCUGCCAGCAAGGGACGUAACCUCUGCAACAUUACGGUGCGCCUACAUCCUACGGAAAUCUCGCUACUUCAAGUAGACAAAGGCAAGCGACUUUACUUGUUUGGCGGCCUACCGUCCGACCCCAACCCGUCGUUUGCUGAUAUUCAGUUUCCUCCCAUUGAGAUUCACGUGGAAGGAAUCAAUACCAAGCAGUAUGUGAAAGGUCUCAAAGGUAAGCGUGGAACAUGUAGACCAGCUGACUUGACUGACUUUGUGAAUCCAACGAAGACCUUCACCAUCAAUAUAGUCUACUCAGACGCUGCCGAAGAAUAUGUCUUGUACUUGUACAUUGUGGACGCAAGAACACCGGAUGCUUUAGUGGAAUAUAUAAAGUGCAAAGAUCACAUUUCUGAGGAGACAACCAAAGCUGCUAUCAAGAGCGAAUACGACCAAAAUCAGGAUGACGACAUCGUUAUGGCUACGUCAUCGUUGACUCUACGAUGCCCUCUUACCUAUGCGAGACUCUCCACUCCAAUUAGAAGUAUAGAGUGUGACCAUAUUCAGUGUUUUGAUGCUCUCUCUUUCUUGACCAUGCAAGAGCGUAUUCCUUCGUGGAUCUGUCCUGUUUGCUCGAAAAAGAUUAAUCCUGGCCAUCUAGCCGUUUCGGAUUAUUUGCAAAGCAUCAUAGCGACGACUUCUGAUGAGAUCGACACCGUGAACAUUAACACCGAUGGCACCUGGGAACCUUUGGACGAGGAAGGCACAAAAGAUGAUGAUCAUGACGAAACCAUGAAUCCAGCAAAUCAAUCGAGAGAGGUUUCUUCGGCUCCUAAAGUUGACGAAUCCAUUGAGAUUAUUUCAUUGGAUAGUGACAGUGAGGAUGAGCAACCGGAUGUGACUAUGAGAAGCGUCACUGAUACGCGGGCCCAUUCACCAGAAAGAUCAACACCACAACCAGUGCAAGGAGAAGUUGAACAGAGAAAUUUGGGUGCCGAAGAAAGAAAUAAUCAGGACGAAUCAAUUGAUGAUGCGACCUUGACCGAGAUUGAAUCCGCGUUGAAUCAAAAUAUGGAGGCUACGGCCUCUAGUACGUCCGCUUUCAGCAGUAUGGUGGCUGAUUCUACAGCAAAAGUAAACUCCGAUCGUCAAGAUUCUGUAUCGUCAGAUGAUAGACCCAUUCAGUCGUACAACCGCAAGUCUCGAAUCAUUGAUGUUGAAGACGAAGAGAUGGAUGAAGGUGGGGUCGCCGAAGAUUCUAAUGCAACCACCAAAGAUAACACAAGUAUCCCCUCUGUGGAGGCAAGGACAACUACACAGUAUAAUUCUCCACCAACUGACAUUACUGCACCUUUGUUCCAUUCGGCCAAUUCUGAAACCUUCGGAAGAUUUGUGGGUGAACGUAAUCUGACGCAACCACCAUCGAGCGCUACAGCGAUGGCCCCAGUUCCUAGAACUUCAAUUCAUCAGACCAACCCAGCAGCUGCAUCUUCAGCGUCUGCUCAUCUUCCAAACAAGUCUGCGACUGAAAUAAGCAUUCCUAAUCAUAAUACCUUGUCAAAUUCUGUUGCACACAAUGUUUCCAGCACGAGCAUCCAAAGAAAUUUGCCAAGUCUACACACAACUAAAGGUGUCGUAGAAAUAGGAAAUUUGGCCGCGCUAACUUCGGAGGAAGACUCGGCAACCAAUGUGUCGACUGUUCCCGUUGGAGCGUCUGAAACCACUCCAGGCCGAAGAGAUACCUCGACCAAAUCUCCACCAUCAGAUGCACUUGAUACCCCAAGAGCCAAGAGGUUGAAAAUUCCUACAGAUCCUAACUACUCGAUAAUCGAAAAUAUUGUCCAGACUAUUUCCAGACCAGCAUCUACUGAUAAUGCGAAUCAAAAUCUCUCUUCACAGCCCACAACUCCGGCUUCAAAUGCUGAUACUUCCAAUGCAAAAACUGGCGUUGGUGUGUUCCACAAGGAUGACGAUCCUCAAAGUUUCCAGAAACCGAACAAUGGGUCUUCUUUGCAACUGAUGGGAGUGAAUCUUCAACCGGAAGCGGAACAAGCAUCGAAUGCCUGGACACAACCUGUGGGAAUUGGUCAGCAAUUUAGCCAAACUUCUGGUAAUCAAGACUCAAAUACUUCACUCACCCAACCAUUGCAGUUGUUCAAUGGUUCUCUGUCAGUUCCAAGAUUACAUGAGAAUGGAGGUCAAAAUUCAAGCGUGCGCCCUUUGCCUUCAAUAUCACUGAUUUCCAGCGACAGUCAACGGGCCACGCAAAUUUCAGUAGAAACUUUGCAGCAAAGGCAACAUGAGUGGCAAACGCAACAGCAGGAGUUACGAAGACUACAAGAGUUGCACAAUGCGGAGUUGAGAAGGCAUCAGCUUGAGAAGGAAGCGCUUAGACAGCAAGAAUUGGAGCGCCAACGGUAUCUGGUGUUUGCUCUGCGCCAGACGAUUGUACAACCACAGAAUACGCAAUAUCAAGAGGGCAGGGGAUAUUUUCCAAACCAAAUUCAACAGGUUCCUUCGGUAAAUCCCAGUCCAAUGUUUGCCACACUUUCAGCUUCGGUUCAGUCCAGACCAUCUGAAGAGAGACGUUCGAGUCAGCUGUCUCAGACGAUGGAAACUAGAAAUCAGGGCUCUGGAAGUGGAGCAAGUCAGUUUCGCCAACUUGUCCUGAACUCUUCUGCGCUCAUCAACCAAUUUAAGGAGAUGCAAUCUGACCAGAGAAACAGCCAUUCGAAUGACAGAUUGCAAACUAUGCAGCCUCCAACAGGCUCUGCAUCAACGCAAGGAUCACCGCAACCUCUUCCAAGACUUAUUCAGUCAGGCAGCUAUCCUAAUGGUCAAAUGAGCCAAUUAAAUGGAGUUCAAGCAGCACCAAACGGAGCAAUUCUUGGCCAACACAACGGGCACGCGACUAAUCAACACACUCAAGCUGUGCGGUCAGUACUGGUGAAUGAUGCAUCGUCUCGUGUGUACCAGGCCAACAAUAUACUGACGCAGGGCAAAACGUCGGAAGAGUCGACAAUACCAGUGCAGAGCAAAUCAGUUGAAGAUGUUCGAACCCCUGCAACACUCGAGAAAAACAAUAAUAGCCUGAACUUGAAUACUCGCUCCGCUCCUCCCGAGUUGCACAGAAGUGCAACUUCCGACGGCAGUUCUUUGGCCAACCAAGUGACCGUCCGAUAUUCGAAAUCACCGUUUGACCAGUUGCAUCAGGAAACUACAGAAAGUGUCAAGGGCCUUUUGGGAAUCGAAGUGCAACUGGACUUGUUGACUAGCAUCGGAACAAGAACAUCACUGGAAUUGCCAGGAAGUAGGUUGGGUGAUGUUGAUAACGCCUCAAAUCGUGGUUUAACCCUUCCAACCGCAGAGCCAUUGGCAGGUGGAAUCGCUAACUCUUCCCAACCAUACAACGCAGGUGUGCCAAUUGCAACAAGUGUGCCAUACAAGGCAAAUGAGCAAGUUGAAAACGGCAAUUCUGAUAAGACACCCGUCGUUCCAACAAGACGAGUGAGCCUGGAGCUUCCUGAACGCACAUGGAACAAGAAGUUGAGCAAGAAAUUCAAUCCAAGCGAAAUCAACCUGUCCAACCUUAUAGAAUUGGAUGACGACUAA